AUGAUGGAGCCUGUGAUGGAUAACAAUGCGACGUCGUCUCCACCACAGACGCUGCUCGAGAGGCUCAAAGAUUAUGGACAAGAAGACGCUUUUGCCCUCUGGGAUGAGCUCUCUCCUGAAGAACGCGAACUUCUCGUCAAGGACAUCGAGAGCAUAGAUCUUCCAAGGAUGGAUCGGAUCACUCGGUGUUCAUUUCAGUCACAAGGGCUUCCGGCAGCGGUGAUAGAGCCUGUGCCAGAGAGCAAUGUAUCAAUGGUAGAGGAGCGGACAAUUGAAGAAAGAGAGAGGUGGUGGAAAAUGGGAUUAAAGGCCAUAUCAGAUGGGAAGUUGGGUGUGUUGCUUUUAUCCGGUGGACAGGGGACGCGCCUGGGGAGUUCAGAUCCGAAAGGAUGUUUCAAUAUCAAACUUCCAUCUGGUAAAUCACUUUUCCAGCUGCAAGCUGAGCGAAUAUUGUGUGCCCAAAGAUUAGCAUCUCAAUCAGUCAACGAGGGUUCUACAAGUUUUAAGCCAAUACAUUGGUACAUAAUGACUAGCCCCUUCACUGAUGAACCCACCCGCAAAUUCUUUGAAAGCCAUAAAUAUUUUGGCCUUGAACAAAAUCAAGUCACCUUCUUCCAGCAGGGAACAAUACCUUGUGUCUCUAAGGACGGAAGAUUUAUCAUGGAGACUCCAUACAGAGUUGCAAAGUCUCCUGAUGGAAAUGGUGGAGUUUAUUCAGCUUUGAAAUCUUCAAGGUUGCUGGAAGAUAUGUCUAUGAGAGGCAUUAAAUUCUUAGAUUGCUAUGGAGUUGACAAUGCUUUGGUACGUGUUGCUGAUCCAACUUUUUUGGGUUAUUUCAUUGAUAAAGGUGCCACUGCUGCUGCAAAAGUGGUCCGGAAGGCAUAUCCACAAGAGAAGGUUGGUGUUUUUGUAAGGCGAGGUAAAGAUGGACCGCUUUCUGUGGUUGAAUACAAUGAAUUAGACCCCUCGUUGGCCAGUGCGAUAAAUCAGCAAACUGGUCGUCUUCGUUUUUGUUGGAGUAAUGUAUGCCUACAUAUGUUCACGUUGGAUUUUCUAAACCAAGUAGCAAAUGGUCUCGAGAAAGACAGCAUCUAUCAUCUAGCAGAGAAGAAAAUUCCUUCAGUUCAUGGACAUACAGUAGGAUAUAAACUCGAACAAUUUAUAUUUGAUGCAUUUCCUUACGCUCCAUCAACUGCUCUUUUUGAGGUACUGCGUGAAGAAGAAUUUGCACCGGUGAAAAAUGCCAAUGGGUCAAAUUUCGAUACUCCAGACAGUGCUCGUCUGCUUGUCCUUCGUCUACAUGCUCGUUGGGUGGUUGCUGCAGGUGGCUUCUUGACACAUUCAGUGCCCUUAUAUGCUACUGGUGUGGAAGUUUCACCACUUUGUUCAUAUGCUGGAGAAAACCUUGAAGCUAUUUGCCGUGGAAGAACAUUUCACGCACCUUGUGAAAUCUCACAUUAUACAACGAACAAUGGAAAGCAAAGCAUACCCUUGAACUCCCGUUUGUCUCACCUUCGUUUCUCCGUUUGCAUUCGUUUAUCACGAUUGUUCCAACACAAAGUCUAUGUUGAAGAGGGCAGUGGAGGUGGGAAGAGGGCAAUGGAGGUUUCAGAAAGGAUAUAUGGUUCAAUUCAAAAGCGGAGACAAGUCAGUCAGUUGGUAGAGGAGCUCUGGGAACAGAUUCUGACGUUAGAGGACAAGGAAAUUUUAGAUUUAUUCACGUAUACUCCAAUACUCGAUGCUGCUGCAAAAAUUGGGAAUGUUGAGUUUUUGACUCCGCUAAUUCAAUCAUAUCCUGAUCUUAUAUGGGUAUUCGACUCAUUUAAAGAUAAAUACUCCAUAAUUCAUGCUGCUGUUAUUAACCGACAAGAGAGAGUCUUUAGUCUCAUCUACAACUCAAGGGGUAUUAAAGAUGCAUUGUUGUACAAUAAAGAUGAUUCCAAUAAUAACAUUUUGCACUUUGCUACAAAAUUAGCACCUGCAAGCAAGCUCAAUAGUAUAACUGGAGCAACUAUUCAAAUGUAG